AUGGCUCCGUAUUACGAUCGUAAAUCUCCGUGUCGUAAUACGGAUGUUUUUGUGCCAGAGGGAGCGAGAUGCUGCUCAAAACAUGUUAAUAAUCAUCGGUUGACAACGUCAGCUAUUGAUAGUAUAAAACCAUCUUCAGUACAAUAUAGGAAACUUGAUUCUGGCGAUGUUCAGCUUAUUAUAUCUGAAUGUCAAUCGUUCUGUCAAAUACGUAAACGUUUAGACUUUGACAAUAUUUUGUCAUUACCUGAUGGCGAAUACAAAUUCUUUACAAGUCUUGACAAAAAUGAAUUUGAUGGUCUAGUUUCUCGUGUAUCUAAAAUCGAUAUGCGCGAUUCAACUAACCGAUCUAUUCGUAAAGCUAUUGCAACUCUAUUAUGUAAACCUCGACUUGGACUAUCGAAUCGUGUAUUGGCAUCUCUACUGCAACUACCAGAUGAAUUAACAGUUUCUCGAGCUAUUAAAAGUGCAACGAGUGCCUUAAUGAGUACGUUUGUACCACUAAACUUUGGUUUUAAUCGCAUAAGCCGUCGUGAAAUAAUCGAACAACACACGUCAGAAAUAGCUCGUGAUCUAAUUUGCGAUGGCGAAUCCGAUAAACCAAUAAUUAUAGUUGAUGGUACAUACGUGUACAUUCAAAAUGACAUCAUUGUAGUUGAUCGAGGCUUCCGGGAUGCAUUUAGUACAUUAGAAGGAUUUGGCUUUGAUAUAGCUUCACCUCCAUUUUUCAAUGGUCGUCGUCAAUUCACAACAGAUGAUGCUAAUGAGUCUAGAUGCAUAACAAAAGUUAGAUGGGUUGUGGAAGCAGUAAAUGCUAGACUAAAACAGUUCAAAUUUUUCUCCAAUACGGUACAAAACUCUUCUAUACCAUCUCUUGAAGAUUAUCUUUCGAUUGAUUGCGCUAUCAUCAACCGAUAUCGAAGAUCAGUUAAAAUAUCUAGCUUAGAUGAUGCUGAAAUAUCUGUAAAGAUGCAAGCUUUACGUAGUAAGAAAAACACUUUUGAAAAAUUUCUUCAACAAAAUAACUUAAAAAAGAUUUCGCCUAAACGGAAUAAAUUGGAUCAUCUAGAAUUAUUAACCGAGCUUCCGAUUUCAUCUGAAACAUAUAUAACUAACGAUAUAUCUCUAGGUACUGUAUUUUAA